GCCUCGAAUGGGGAUUUGGCUCGUAGUGAAGUGCCUCAAACGCUAUGCGGCACGAACGAUCUUAAAGUUCCUCCUGGGAAAGCAGUACGAGAACCUUAUGUGCUCGCUGGUUUUGGAUCAAACAUGCAACAUUAUCAAUUCCUUCUACUCAGUGUCUUAUCCCGUCGGAUGCACCAAAGACAAGACCUUUCUUUGCCACCCAUUUUGGCACUUGCUCGCAGAUCCGGUUAUAGUGUAACUGUGCAAGUGCAAAUGCGCAGUUCUGCUUCAACGGGGGACUAA